GAGACAAGUCUCUUUCUGGUUUAUUUUUUCUCCCCUUGUUCUCCUCGUCUCUCCGCUUUUAAUCUCCAAUUCUCCAUUUAAAGGUCGGAGAACCAGUCUCCAAUAUCAGUCGUAGCAAGCAACUCUUUCUCUCUCUGUCUUUCUUGGAGAUAAAAUUAAUAUCUUUCUUUUUCUUCCUUUUCGAUCCUAGGGCAAACUAUUCGACUGCGCAAUAGUAUCUGUAUUUAGAAUUCGAAAUAACAGACAUUUCGUUCGAAUUUUAGAUUUCAUUAAGUCUCGUUCUUUUGAGAUUUAAAUAAUAGAAUUAGGGUUUCCCUUUUUGUUUCUUGGAUUGUAUAGUAUAGCGAAAUAUGUUCUUCACGGGAGAUUCGUCAACGCGAAAGAGAGUCGAUUUAGGGGGACGGAGUUCGAAAGAAAGGGACAGACAGAAGCUUCUGGAGCAGACGCGGCUUGAGAGGCAGCGGCGGUUAGGGUUAAGGCAACAGAAUUCUGCUGCGAUUAAGAUCCAGAAAUGCUUCAGAGGGAGGAGAGCUGCAGAAGCUGAACGUUUUAAAGUCCGAGAGCAGUUCUGCAUGAUCUUUGGGGAUCACUGCCAAAAGGUAGACAGGGGUUGUUUCAAUCAUGAUUCACAGUUCCUUUGCCAGUUGCUCUUUUUCUUCAAUGCACAUAACAGUGGUGAUUUUGCGAUCCUUGUGGGGACAUGCCGCUUAUUUCACCUGUUUGUUAGAGAUAGUGGGGAUACCUUGGGCCUUUUUGCAGGUGCCAAUUAUUCAUUGAAGAAUACUGUGGAGAAUAGAGUGAAGCGGCUUGCUAAUGCCUGUCUUAAGGCAGUUCAUCAAAACAGGGAUUGGCUGAAGGAUCAUCUUUUGAUGUCAUAUCAGUUUUCUAGUAGUCCGAUAACCAUCCUGCUAGAAACUGUGGUUGUCUUGACAGAUCCGAAACUUCCAUGGGUUUGCACAAUUGUUGGCUAUCUCACACAAAGAAAUAUAUUUGCCUUGUUGAGAGAUAUUAUUCUCACUGGGAAGAAAAGUAUGAAGGCUCAAGACAGUGGUGGUAAAAUAUCUUCAUUGGAGCAUGUUAUAAUGCUCAUCAUUUCUCAUAUUGGUCACCAACCGUGUAGUUGUCCAAAUAUUGAUCCAAGAUGGGGGUUUUCUUCUCAAAUUCUUACAAUUCCUUUCUUGUGGCAGCUUUUUCCCUAUUUAAAAGAGGUCUUUGCAAAGCGAGAGCUUAGUGAACAUUAUAUUCAUCAGAUGGCGUUGUGUGUGCAUAGCCAUGCUAAUGUUCUUCCUGAUGAUUUGUCACCUGAAUUUCCAGGGUAUGCAUGCCUUCUGGGGAAUAUAUUAGAAACUGCUGCAGUUGCUUUAUCCCAACCUGGCUGCUCGUUUAAUAUGGCCAUAGAUUUUGCAGCUGUAUCAACAUUUAUGUUGGAAGCACUACCCCUGACUAAAUCAUUAAAUGCAGAAAAUAAAGGAAAUUCCACAUUGGGUGAGGAUGAAAUGGAUAUUGAUGAGGAAGUUAAGCAAGAAGUUAUGAACUCUGAUUUGGAACAACAGAUCUCCAAUGCAAUAAAUCCACACCUUCUUCAGCAAUUGGUAAAUAUUUUGUUCAGAGGCACUUCAUUCCUUAAUUAUUCACAUAAAGAUGGGCCACAAGAUAAGGAGGUGGAAGCGGUUGGUGCAGUCUGUGCUUUUCUGCAUGUUACAUUCAAUACCUUACCUCUUGAGCGCAUUAUGACUGUACUAGCUUAUAGAACUGAGCUUGUUCCUAUUCUUUGGAACUUUAUGAAAUGGUGCUAUGAGAAUCAAUGGUGGCCGCCUUUGUCUAAGCUAACAUCCUAUCCAUCAGGAGAUGCCCCUGGUUGGCUUUUACCUUUGUCUGUCUUCUGUCCUGUGUACAAGCAUAUGCUCAUGAUAGUUGAUAAUGAGGAAUUCUAUGAGCAGGAGAAACCACUUUCAUUGAAGGAUAUUAGAGGCUUGAUUAUUAUUCUUAAACAGGCCCUGUGGCAACUACUUUGGGUAAUUCCCGCAAAGUCCAAUAACUUGGUUAAAUCUAUAACCAACGUCUCCAGUCAUGGAAGGCAUUCUUUGGAAUUCAUUCAACACAGAGUCAGCACUGUAACAUCUGAACUCCUCACACAGUUGCAAGAUUGGAAUAAUAGACGACAAUUUACAUCCCCAAGUGAUUUUCAUGCUCAAGAAGCAGUUGAUGAGGUUUUUGUUUCUCAGGCUGUUGCUGAAAAUACCAGGGCGUUUGACAUAUUGAAACAAGCUCCCUUCUUGGUUCCGUUCACAAGUAGGGUUAAAAUAUUAACUUCACAGUUAGCAGCAGCACGGCAAAGGAAUGGGCCUCGUGCUGUUUUCUCUAGGCACAGGUUCAGAAUAAGACGGGAUCAUAUUUUCGAAGAUGCAUUUAAUCAGAUGAGUGUAUUGUCUGAAGAGGAUCUACGGGAACUGAUCCGAGUAACAUUUGUUAAUGAAUUUGGAGUUGAGGAGGCUGGGAUUGAUGGUGGUGGGAUUUUCAAAGAUUUCAUGGAGAGAAUCACACGAGCAGCCUUUGAUGUGCAGUAUGGUUUAUUUAAGGCAACAACUGACAACCUACUAUAUCCUAAUCCUGGAUCGGGACUGGUACAUGAACAGCAUCUCCAAUUUUUCCACUUUCUUGGGAGUAUACUGGGAAAGGCAAUGUUUGAAGGGAUUCUUGUUGAUAUACCAUUUGCCACAUUCUUCCUGAGCAAAUUAAAACAAAAGUACAACUAUUUAAAUGACUUGCCCUCACUAGAUCCAGAAUUAUAUCGUCACCUCAUUUUCUUGAAGCAUUAUGAAGGUGACAUUUCAGAAUUAGAACUAUACUUCGUUAUUGUAAACAAUGAGUAUGGAGAGCAAACUGAAGAGGAGCUACUCCCAGGAGGAAAAGAUAUACGUGUUACAAACGAGAAUGUCAUUACAUUUAUUCAUCUUAUUGCCAACCAUCGUCUAAAUUUUCAGAUACGCCAGCAAAGUUCACACUUCUUAAGGGGAUUUCAGCAACUUAUACAGAAAGACUGGAUUGAUAUGUUCAAUGAGCAUGAACUUCAGAUUUUGAUAUCAGGCUCACUGGAGGGAUUGGAUGUUGAAGACCUGCGCUGCCAUACUAACUAUGCUGGUGGCUAUCAUAAUGAACACUAUGUGAUCAAGAUGUUUUGGGAAGUUCUCAAGAACUUUUCUUUGGAGAAUCAGAUAAAAUUCUUGAAGUUUGUCACUGGAUGCUCUCGAGGACCACUGCUUGGUUUCAAAUACCUAGAGCCCCAAUUCUGCAUACAAAGGACUGCUGGUGAUGCUUCUGAAGAAACUCUUGAUCGACUACCAACUUCAGCAACUUGCAUGAAUCUUUUGAAGCUUCCACCCUAUAGAAGUAAAGAACAAUUGGAAAUGAAGUUGAUGUAUGCAAUAAAUGCUGAAGCUGGUUUUGAUUUGAGCUGAUAAGAUCUAGUAACGUGUUCAAUGCUACCACAUAGUUAUAGAGGCCACCACCUUAAAGUUUUAGAUGAAUAUUUGUUCUGCUCAAAGUUGUUAGACGGUGAAAAGUUCUUUGGAAUCAGGUAAGGAGGCCUAACCAACAGAACGAAAUAUGAAAAGAGAAGCCUGUACAUAAUCUUUUUUUUUUUUAAUUUGAAGCCACAAUGUAUUAUUGAGCGAUGCGCUAAAUUAGUGUACUUUAUGUAUACAUGUAAAGUCUGAAAAAAUGUCUCAGCCGUGGAAGGUUAAUUCGUCUAUAAACGAGUUUGGUAACCUUGGCGUACCAAGUACCAACAAGGCAACAAAGAAUGGCUAUCAAUUACAAGUAUCCAUGGUUGAUCUCUCAUUUAUUAAUAUGACUUUUCUGUAAA